AAUGUCAAAGAUGGCGCUCCGCAUGUCACGGUGAAUUCUUAUCGGAUAGCGAGAGUCAGAUACUUCACAUGUUAAGGACAUGGCGUAUUGUAUGUUCUGCGGCAGCACAUUGACCAGACUUUAAGCGUUAUUUUAAUUUAUGAAGUGAACACAAUUGAGGAGAUGGCUUCCAGUUUACGACUGCUGUUUAGACAAAUUCGACGUCCAAUUGUGGCUACAAAUCAGACGGCUCGGUGUCUGAGUCAGGCAGCCUCUCGGCCGGAGCCCUGCUCGGAGGAAAACGAAGCCGUGAACCCGACCUUUGAGAACAGAAACCCGCGGAACUUGGAGCAGAUGGCUCUGGCUGUGAAGGACCGGGGCUGGAAGACGACCUGGCCCCACCGGCAGUUCUACCACAGGUUGGUGUUUUCUCGCACCCAGCAACAUGUGACGGCACACGUGUUCUCCUGCAGCUCUCCGGUCCCAGUGCUUUCCUGCACCACCCAGGAGUGGGCGCUGAAGAAGGAGCUGGCUUCCACCAGAUGCGUGGCAGCGUGUCAGGCUGUGGGAGAGGUGCUGGCACAGCGAUGCCAGCAGGCUGGCAUCACCAGGAUGGUGUACAGGGCCAUUCCCUGGACGUACCGCUCUGACGCUGUACAGUCAUUCAGGGCAGCCAUGAAAGAGGGAGGAAUCACCCUUAGUGAACCCAGAAGAAAAUACAUUGGCACCUGAAUUUAUGUGUCAUCUCACAUGUUAUUUCAAAAAGCCCUCUGUAUUGUGAAUCUAGACUGUAUUGUUCUUAAGAUGACCAGAAAUUCAGUCAAGGACAAUAUAAAGUGAAACAAAACGAGUGGCGAAAGUACA